CAUAAAUAAACUAGCCAAUUUAUGGAAUUUUAUUAAUUUGGAUAAAUGACAAGCAAGAAGUACAUAACCGUGCUCCGACUGCAUGUUAAUUGUUAGUGGUUAAAAACCGAUGAGAAUGGUGGCUCUGCGAAACUAACCGCCAAAACGUGGAAACCUUCUGUCCGCUUCGCGCAACGUUUCAUGACGAUGAUGAUACACUAGCACUGACUGCCACCAUCUGGUGGCCUGUGUCGCUACUAGGAAACAAACGGAAGAUUUAGAAAAAAUUAUUGCUGGAUUAUUUUGUUGUUGAUAUAUCUUACUAAAGAACUGUGAUUGCGUGUAGGUGUUAUAAUGGUGGACGCGGCAACAAAGAAAACUUUGUGUGCUAUUCCGAUACUGAAGACAAAGUCCGGGCCACGAGACAAAGAUCUAUGGGUCACCAGACUUAAAGAGGAGUAUCAAUCUUUAAUCAAAUAUGUCGAAAACAACAAGCAAAACGAUAAUGACUGGUUCCGACUUGAGUCAAAUAAAGAUGGUACCCGCUGGUUUGGAAAGUGCUGGUACAUUCACGAACUACUGAAGUAUGAGUUCGAUAUAGAGUUUGAUAUUCCCGUCACGUACCCCACAACCGCGCCCGAAAUCGCUAUUCCAGAACUUGAUGGCAAAACAGCAAAGAUGUAUCGAGGUGGCAAAAUCUGUUUAUCGGACCACUUUAAACCUCUUUGGGCUCGCAACGUCCCGAAAUUUGGUAUUGCUCAUGCAAUGGCUCUCGGACUGGGCCCUUGGCUGGCGGUAGAAGUACCAGACUUGUUAGCUAAAGGUCUUAUUAAACACAACAAUGAUGCAGCGAAUAGCGGCGAUACAAAAAAGAUCCCCAAGGAUAAGGACAAUUGAGCUAGGCAAGAGACAAAGCCCACACUAAGCUCACCCUCAAACGCUAUGGCCAACGGAAGCAGACCAAGUAUCAUCCACGGCUGGAUAUGAUACAUCAUGUCAACGGGAUUGCCCAAACCUGUAAAGUGUUCAUUUUAUAUCAAAGCUUAUAAUUAUUGUACUGUCCGCUUACUAAAUUGUUAAUCUGACCUGAUACACUCUAUUAGCUACUGCAUAAAGGCUAGCUGUUACUAAAUUCAUUUAUAAUCCAUAAAGCUAAGUGACCCAGUAUGGCCUAUGUGUCUCAUACAAUAAAUGACAUGACAGGAAGUAAAACGAGCUAGUGCUUGCUCUAAUACGUUUUUAUGAACAGUGAGAAAGAUUUUUUUAUUAUUUAUUUUUUAUUAAGAAUUUCUUAUAGUGCCAGCAGAACAAAAUUAUUCCAAAAGAGAAUGAAGAAAAUUGUUAGGAAAUGCGUGCUUUACUUUUAUGUAUACAUAUAUAGUGGUGCUUUUAGAUUAAAAGAAAAUUUAGAGAGUUGUUUAUCGUUACAAGCGCGUGUUCAUCUAUCUAUCUAUCUACGCCGUACUACAAAAGUCAGUUCUAUCUAGAAAAAAUCAACAUUAACUAACGAGCGUCGACUAGCCCAUGGCAAACGCCUAAGCGAAGGCGAUAAGGGCGCAUCGGAAGUAGGACCCAUGCUCUAAGCACUUGCUGCCCACAUGUCUGUAGAAACGACAGGAGCUAUCUACGAGAAAAGCUUUCUAAUGCCUCGACUAGGGCUAUCGUACAUCUCCGGGAUUUUCCGAAAAAACGUUAAGCAUAGUGUGAGCGCUAAUUUUGCCGACUGUCUUACCAGGGCGGUUACGUGGACUUUCCCAAUGCUUGCGCGGCUUCCCCACGAAAAGGAACACGCUCAAAUCCGUAAAUGGUGCGGCAUACGGGUCGUCCGAUGAGCCUCCAGUAACUAGCCGAAGAUGAAAUAUUUUUGAGCAGAAUCAUUAAAAAAUCAACGCCCGGAGUCUUGCUUUCGCAGGAGCGUGAGUCGCAUAAACAAAACCGCCAAUAACUCUUUUCUUAGUUCAAGGUCAAAUCUCUUUGCGGUAAGGUAAUUACAAUAUUCGACUCUGGGAUGGAUGCAAACGCAAUCUCUGCGUAGUUGGUAAAUAAAUAAGCUACACUCGCCAGACACGGCAAGGCUUUCAGAACACGCAUAUCUGUAUGAUGUCCGGUGCACUCGCUGGCAACUUUAGGGUGAUUCAUGUCGUAAUCGACGAUAGGCCAGAAAAGCCAUUCCUAAUCGCCGAUAACCUCACGCAGGAUCCGAUUCUGGGAAAGCCGUUUUUGGCGAGAAAGUGUCAGUUUAUAACGAAAACAUUCCUGCCUCGUAAUCACUUUAAGAGGAUGUUAUACCAACGAGGGCAGCAAUAUCGGUAGUAGUCCAAACCACUCUAGCGCUGUACUGCAAACGGACAGGCUAGAAACCUUGAGACUUCGUACGCAUCCUCAUUCAGCGUUGCGAACACGGAUGUGUGGGAUCAGCGUAAUUGCUCGCAAACUUAAUCCCAUCAAAGUAGGAUAUCGCACC